UCACUCUGAUGGAAGAACAAGAAGAAGCAACGGGCUUUGAAAUCGAAGUACGAAAAGUCGUAGGAGAUGAAGAUGUUCUACGAUUCAUGGAUUCGACGGAUAGCUAUUUGACUCUGCUAGAUUCCUUAUCUUCUACCCUUCGCCAGGGAUGGCUGGAUUUAGCGAUUGCUCGGCAGUCGAUGGGGGCUUCACGAAUAAAUGGGGCUUUAUUGGACCAUAAAUUACACUCCGCUGCCACUUCAGUUCAAGUAGAUCAAGAAGAUGUUGAUUCUAUGGAGGCUCAACCGCGCUUUAUCUUGCGUAAAUGGGCAUCGGUGGCUGAUGGAAAACAGUGUUACGAGGAGCAGAAAUUGGGAGAGGAUAAGUUGCCAGGGAAAUCUGGCAGUUUACAGCUCCGACAUCGCGGCGAUUCCCAGCUUUCUGAAGAAAAAACCUCCGAGAGUGGAGCUCAACUUGACGUUGAUGACCAAGUUCAAAAGGAGCGAGCCAAAUUACUGUCUAUGUUUGGGACUCUGAUUUCCCCAAAGCUUCGAGCUGCCCAGUUGUCGUUUGAGACAGCGCUGGAGACACUUGUAAAAAUAGCAAACAUGCGAUCCGCAAUGCUAUCCUCUUAUGAUAGAGUCCGCAAAGAACUAGAUCACCAAAAGGAUGGCAUGGUGUCUGUUCCUUAAGGUUUGGAAAACCAUUUUGCCUUAGCUUACUAGUAGAGAGGCUGCUUUAUCUGCUUGAAGUCCUGCAAUCCAGAAAUGAUGACAACUGUGAAGCAAUAUCAAGCAGGAGUUAUAUAUUUAUCAUUUAGUGAACUCUUUGUACCAUGAAGCUGCCACUCUUUUUUCUUAUGUGCUGGCAUUAAACCCAAUUUUUUAUUAACAUUCAUCUCAGCAGAUUUGGUGAUCAGACUCGUAGCUUGUGUUUCUGCAGGUCGUCUAUGAUGUUGAAAGAUGUGCAACUAGGGAUUCUUUGGGUUGCCAAUAGAUGUGUGAUUAAAGGAUGCAAUUGCCCAGGUAAUGACCACUAAGGAUCAUAGAUGUGGGUCUUUCAAGAAGAAAGCACCAAAGAGAGGAGCUGGAGAAUCCUAUUGGAGCUUCCUUCCAAUUUGAUGCAGAAUUGAAUUCUUUGCUCUUCAUCCUUUGUGGCUUCUUUUACACCCAUAUUUUACUAUUUUGUAGUUGAGCUCAAUAAUCUCACAAUUUUGUUUCUUUGUUUCUUUUUAAUUUUUUAAUGGAUUUAUAGUCUGAGAAAUCUGGCCACUUCAUGUGAGAAUUUCUGCCCAGAAAUCACUUGUAUCAUAUCUAAUGCACCUUUAUCUC